AUGGAAGUACCUUUCCAAGUGAAAUCACUUUUCCCUUAUGAAUCAACUUAUGAAGAUGAUUUAACGUUUGGUAGUGGAGUUGUAAUCACCGUUACCUCAAUUGAAAAUGACGAAUGGUAUAGUGGUGAAUAUAACGGGAAGUCAGGAAUGUUUCCCAAGAAUUUUGUUGAAAUUAUUCAAACUCCAAUUGUUCCAACCCUGAAUCGUCCAACUAAACAUCAACCAAAAGAAGAGGUUAAACAAGAACCAAUUGUUGAAAAAGAAUCUGAACCACAACCACCAGCGCCAGCGCCAGCACCAACACCACAAGUUGAAACUCCAGCAAUUGCCAAACCGGUUAGUGUUGAACCAAGUCAUUCAAUUCCUAAACCAGCAAAUCAAGGAUCAAUUCCAAUGCCAAAAGGUUUUGGUGCCUCAAAACCAGUCGAUCCAUAUAGUAUUAAGAAACAAUUUGUUGCUGCUAGUACUUCAUCUUAUGUACCAAAAGUUAAACCAAGAGAUGAUUCUAAUUUAGUAGCUCAUCCAGUUCAUGAAACUAAACAUGCUGACGUUAGAAGUAGUUUUGAAGAACCUGAAAGGGAACAUAAAGAUGAUAUUGAAGAAGCACAACCAAAGAUGACUCUUAAAGAAAGAAUUGCCAUGAUUCAAAAACAACAACAAGAGGAAGCUGAACGUGAAGCAGCAGCAUUAAAGAAAAAAGAAGAAAGAAAGAAAAGACAAGCAGCUGAAAGAGAAAAAUUACAACAAUUGAAACAUACUCAAGCUCAAUCUCCUCAAAUGGGUGUUUCUACCCAAGGAACUGGUGCAUCUAUUGAAAAUGAAACUCCGGUUUCGCCAAUUGAAGGACAUCAUCAUCACCACCAUCAUCAUCAUGAACACGGUGCAGGCGCAGAAGGAGAUGAUGAUUUAGAUGCUGGGGAGCAAGCUGAAGUUGAAGAUGAACAAGACGAAGAGCAAGAUCAAGAUAGAUAUAACGAAGAGAAAGGUCGCGAUAAAGGUCAAUACGGCGAAGAAGAAGAAGAAGAGGAGGAGGAGGAGGAAGAAGAUGAAGAUGAAAAGAGAAGACGAUUAGUUGAAAGAAUGGCAAAAAUUGCUGGUGGUCGUAAUAUGUUUGGCUUACCAUUUGGUGCUCCAGCAGUUCCACCAGUAACUAAAAAGGAACCAGCUCCAGUAGUUCAUCAUACAGAAGAAGACUCAGAGGAACCACAAGCUAAAGAUAUUAAAAGUGAAGAAGAGCCUGUUGUUCAAGAACCAAUUAGAUUAGAAAAGCGUAUUGUUACUGAUGUUGAAACCACAGGUUACGAUGCUGAUUUAUCUGAAGCUUCCAAAGCCGAGGAAAGAAAAGAAGAAGAAGAUGAUGAACAAGACCUUGAACAUCAACAAGAUCCACAUCCUUAUCGUCAUGCCACCCAUGCUCCACCGCCUCCACCACCAACAACCAGAGAAGCUGACGAAGUAGAAGAAGAAGAAGAAGCAGCUCACGAACCAGAACUGCCAGUUCGUCAUAAUAUUCACCGUGAUAAAGAAGCACCACCACCACCUCCUCCAGUAACUGAAAGACCACCACCUCCACCUCCACCAGUUGACGACCAUCCACCUGCACCAUCUGGACCACCACCAAUUCCAGAAGCUAAUUCAGUAUUUGCUCCAGAAUCUACCCCACCUAUCCCAGGUUCGGCUCCACCUCUUCCAGGUUCAUUUACAGUCCCAUCUAUUCCAUCUACUCUUCCACCAUCUAUUCCAUCAGCUUCAGCACCACCACCUCCAAUCCCAGGCACCGUUCCACCUCCAUUCCAAAGUAGACAUGUGGAAGAAGAUGACGAGGAGGAGGAUGAUAAUGAUGAUGCUGACUUUGAAUUUGUAGAUAAAGCACCACCAGUACCAACUAGUUUACCAAGAGCUCAAACUUUAGGGGCAUUCACUGGUGAGGAAUUGAAUGAUGAUGAACAUGCACCUUCAUUGCCAAAGAGAUCUGCCACUAUUCUUUCUCAUCAUUCAAGUCGUUCUCCUCGUACAUCCAUUGAUUCUGGACACAAGAGAAAAUCACUUGAUUUGUCUAUAAGUAGAUCUAGAUCAUUAAAAGAUAAUGCUUCUAUUAAAAGUCAUGGAGAAAUUACUUCAGAAAUUGAAAGAAUUGUACCUGAUUUGAUUUAUAAAUUAGAGAAUCAAAAGAUUAGCAAUAAAGGUAAUAAGAAAGUUCAAGUUGUUUUAGAACUUGAUUAUCAAAAUGGUACUUUGGUGAAUCAUGACGUUAGAGUUAAAUCUCAUCACUGA